CAAGCCUUGGUUGUACGUUAGGUCGAGGUUAGGUCGUACUUGUUUCAGUCAGAUUGGUUUGACAGAUUUUAUUGUGAAAAGAAUUUUCACAUGAAAUUUAAUUAUUCGUAAAGACUGUGUCUGUGAUGCUGUUCUAUUCAAACUGCUGUUCAAAGAUUUGCUAAUUGGACAAAUUUUAAGAUUUGACGAACAUAAACUGGAACUUUCAUCUCAAUUAUGGCUCAGUUUCGUCCAGCUGGUUUCUCAGAUGAAGAUUCAGAUAGCGACGAUUAUGGAUUUUACGAAAAGCCGUCCAGGAACUAUUUUGCACAGCAGCACCAGAAUUCAAAGAAGACACUGGAAAAUAAAUUACAGGAAGCUAUUAUAAAUGGUAACAUUGAUGAAGUUGAGAACAUAGUGAUUUAUGAUCUAAACAAUAGUGUCAAUAUAAAGUUAGAUAGCGGAUGGACUCCUCUGAUGCAUGCCUGUUUCCAUGCUCAUGACAAGAUUGUUAAUUUCUUACUGCAAAGAGGAGCAGAUCCCAAUCUACAUGCAGACUCAGUUACACCUGUUAUGGCAGUAUGCUCAAACAGCAGUGCCAAUAAUGACACUAUAUACCAGAUAAUCUGCAGUCUCAUUGAGAAGAAAAGCCUGCUGAAUGUUGGAGACAAAUAUGGACAGACACCACUUAUGAGAGCAAUCAGCAGUGGCCGAGUAAAAGUAGUUGAAAAACUUCUAAAUGAGAGAGUGAACAUAGAAAUGAGGGACCAACAAGGUUGGACAGCAGUUUUUUGGGCAGCUCACCACAACCAACCUGAGAUUCUGGAACUGCUGAUAGCUCAUAAGGCAAGGCUGUCAGAAGUGGAUAGAUACAGUAGAACAGCAUUAGAAAUCGCCAUGUCGCAUGAUCAUCAAGAUAUAAUUAACAUUUUAAAUAAACAUCUGAAGAAAGAUGAUGAUCUUGAAGAAAAUAGCAGUAUAAGUCUCAACAAUCAGAUGACGUCGUGGCAUGAUUAUUAUCCUGGUGUGGGUGAUGAAAAUACGUUAAGCUACAUGUGUGAAAUACCUCAUUUAUUAUAUGGUAUGAAUUGUGAGCGAUUAGGCGCCCUCAUGGUAAACAGUAGCAUGAAUCUUCGCCAAUUUCUGCUGUUGGAAGAAGAGGAUAUGAUAAAGUUAGGAAUAGAAAUGCCAUAUGAAAGACAAAGACUGAAAGUAGGAUUGAAAAAUUUCCACCUCAGAGGAUGGAAAUUGAAUGCAGUUGCUGGAUUAUAUGCAAGAAAAUCAGAAAACUACAGUGUCCUGGACUGUUUAACAGCGUUAGGGACACAUAUGCAGCAAAUUUACAUACUAGAAGCAACCCUACAGUACACAUUGCGAGAUUACAAUAGGAAUCAGAACCAAAUCAAAUUUGAACCCCCUGAUUCCCCUCUCAUAACGAGAAUGAAGACUAGCACAAACAAAUUCAUUACUAAUAUUAAUAAUCUAAGAAGAGAGAUGAAAAAUAUGAAGGAUGUACUCAUUAAGAUAAGUAAAUCCAACCCACCGCCCGCAGACCUUAUCAAAGAGAAGCCAUUCCUUGAAGUGGCCAUAGGAUAUGUUACCGAUGUCCUGGUCAUCUGCUCUCUUGGGGCUCUAAUUUACCAAGCCAGAAGUUACCUGGCCAGGGUGUUAUACAAGUAGUUAGGUAUUCUAUUACAAUUUGUUAUUUUUCUAUUA